UUCAUUUCUCACGGCCUAGGAGAGGAGUAGUACCCUAUGCUAUAACCCCCCGGGACGUCCACAAAACCAGAAAAAAGCUAGGCUCUAUACUUAUAUUAUACUAUCCUCCUCCUCCUCCUCCUCCUCCUUCUUUCUCUUAUUGUUCAUCUUCUUCAAGUGUCAUUUUCUCACAUAUUCUCUCUCUCUCUCUCUCUCUCUCUCUCUCUCAACCUGAAAUCUUUGCAACUACUGAUCAACCCCCCCCCCUUCGGAGGAAAAAGUUAGUUCAAAACCCUUUUUGCUGUUUGGAUCACCCUUAACACCCACCUCUCCUUGUAUUUCACUUACUGUUAUAGCUCAAGGACAUACUGGGAGGACGACAACAGCAAGAGUAGCGAGGAGACAAGGAAGGCAGAAAGGGAGGAGUAAUUAGGGAAAGGGGGGGGGGGGAGAGCUAAAAAGUGGUGGUUUUUUGUGGGUGUUAAAGAUGGAGUUAUUCCCUGCACAGCCAGAUUUAUCCUUGCAAAUCAGCCCACCGAACAUCAAACCCACAUCCAGAGGUCUCGACUCCAGAAGCUCCAUGUCUUCAAUGGCAAAACCUGAUAACUGCUUUGAGCUAUCUUUCUCGAAUCCAAGGGUUUCAGACUCCAACUCCAACCACUUCCAUCAGCUUCUUCAAAACGGUAGCGCCACCGCCAAUUGCAAUGGUAAUCUUUUCCAGUCUUAUCACCACAACCAGUUCCCUCACCAUCACAACCAACUGCAACAUCCGCUACUGUAUCAACAUCAGCACCACCACCAACAACAUCAACAAGGGCUAGGACAAGAGUUUGGUUUCUUGAGACCCAUAAGGGGAAUUCCCGUCUACCAAAACCCUCCUCCUCCCCCUCCUUCUCCUCCUUUCCCAUUCGCUCAACAGCCCUUGGAUUCAUCCUUACCUUCCUCCCCUUCUUAUUUGGCUACUACCAAAAUUGGUAACACCAGCUUGAACCCCUUUCAGUCUCAGGGAUUGAUGAGAUCAAGAUUUAUGUCAAGGUCUCCAGCUAAACGAAGCAUGAGAGCUCCAAGGAUGCGAUGGACUACUACACUUCAUGCUCGCUUUGUUCAUGCUGUUGAGUUAUUGGGUGGUCAUGAAAGAGCUACGCCCAAGUCGGUUCUUGAGCUAAUGGAUGUCAAAGAUCUUACCUUAGCACAUGUAAAAUCCCAUCUGCAGAUGUAUAGAACUGUGAAGACCACUGACAGAGCAGCAGCAUCGUCAGGACAAAUGGAUGCAUUUGAAAAUGGAUCAUCUGGGGAUACAUCUGAAGAUAUGAUGUUUGAAAUUCAAAACCCAAGAAGAUCAGAGAUAUCAGUUCAGCAGGGAAGAUCGUCAUCAUCAAAUGCUCAUCAAGACAAAGAGUACCAUGGACUGUGGAGCAAUUCGUCAAGGGAAGCUUGGCUGCAUGGCAAACCUAAUGAUUCUCCUCUAAACUUACCAUCUCUCCAGAAGGAUAUGGAUCCAAAAUGCUUAAGCUAUGAGAGAAUAUCAGAUGUAAGCUCAUCAAGCCUUUCAGAGACAUGCUCCAAGAAGCCUAAUUUGGAAUUCACAUUGGGGGUUCCACAUUGAUAUAGAUAUAAAUAAUUUUAUAUAUUAGGGUGUGUACUGCUCAUUUUGAAAUGAUCAUAUAUAUCUCUGACUCCGAAGAGAGGAGAAGGGGGAGUUGGAGAAGAGAAUCAGGUACCCUCUCAUAUUUUAUAUAUAUAUUAAAAAGAAUAUCAGAUUAUGAAAAGAAAAAGAGAGCAACUAAAGACAGACAAAGAGACAAGAAAGACAGAGAGCAACAAAAGGAGAGAAGGGGAUGGCAAAAAAGAAAAGCACACGUCCUUCCUAUCAAAGCAGCAUUGAGAGAUCCAUAUCAACAUAUUAUAUUCCUACGUAAAUAUGAAAUCUAAUUGAUUUAUGUUUUGCACUUAGUGACAGAGAGAGAGAGAGCGAGAGAGAGCGAGAGAGAGAGAGAGAGAGAGAAGAAAGAUGAAAAAGUAGAGAGAAAAAAGAGAGGGAGAGAGUGACCCCUUUAACUAUCUUAAAAGUAUGAACUAUAUUUGAAGUGAUCCUUGGUAAUUGUAAUGGAGCACUUUACAUUUCUAAUAUAAUUCUUAGCUUAUUUUUACCAAA